AAACGUAGAAUAUAAACGUGGAUGUAAUUUAUCUUUACAGUGUGUCUUGCUGUACCAAGUGUUUGACAGCAGGGAUGUUUACGAUGGCUGGUCUGUAACAUCAGUGUGACUCAGGUUUGUUGCAUUGCCUGUCGAUGUGAUGAUGUGCUGUUCGGAUGGGGUUAUAAAUUGAAGAUAGUUGUGGGAUCUCAUAGCUUCGGUACAAUGACUGAUGACGAUCGCUGGAAUUUACUGAACAUUCUCAGCUGGCCUGACUUGUGCGUGACGAAGGUCCUGUAAAAUUAGAAUUGUGGCUAUGGAGGAUAGCACUAAGGAGCUACGGGAGGAAUGGACUUUGCUCCUCUGGACCGUUGUUGCUGUUCUGGUCCCAGUGUUCAUCACACUGUGGUGCAGCUUCCAGCGUCCCAAACGCAAAGUUCAGCUGAAAGAUCUGUUCCGAAAGGGCAAACACGGCUGGCACUACACGGACCUCUUCAACAAGCCCACCUACUGUUGCGUGUGCUCUCAGCCCAUCCUGCAGGGGGCGUUCUGUGACUGCUGCGGCAUAUGUGCGGAUGAGCAGUGCAUACACAGAGCAGAUCGCAUCCUCUCAUGCAAGGAGAUCAUGACCCAGAGUAAGACCGAUGGGAGGUUCUGCCACCAGUGGGUCAGAGGAAAUGUGCCCCUCGCCAGCUACUGUGCCGAGUGCAAACAGCAGUGCGGGACUCAACCUAAACUCUGCGACUAUAGGUGUGUAUGGUGUCAGGCAACAGUGCAUGACGACUGCCUUUCCAGUCUGAGUGAUGAUCUGUGUGAUCUUGGAGAGUUUCGCUCUGUUAUCAUACCUCCAUAUUACCUCUAUCAAGUCAACAAGCUCCGCCGAAGACACCCUGAUGAGUACAGCAAGAUUGCUGCAUUGUGCGGGUGUGGCUGGACUCCGGUAUUGAUCUUGGCAAACACAAGAAGUGGCAACAACAUGGGGGAGGUUCUACUGGGAGAAUUUCGUACCCUUCUGAACCCUGUACAGGUGUUUGAUCUGUCUGAGCUGCCCCCCUCUAAAGCCCUGCAGCUGUGUACUCUUUUGCCCCCCGGCAGCGUGCGUGUUCUGGUGUGUGGGGGAGACGGCACAGUGGGGUGGGUUCUGGAUGCCAUUGAUACCAUGAAGCUGAAGGGUCAAGAUCAGUUUAUCCCUUUUGUGACCAUCCUGCCAUUGGGCACAGGCAAUGAUUUAUCAAACUCUUUGGGAUGGGGAGCAGGAUACGCUGGUGAGAUCUCAGUAGAACAGGUGCUCAGGAAUGUUCUAGAGGCUGAAGUAGUCAAGAUGGACAGGUGGAAAGUUCAAGUUGCCUCCAAAGGAAACUAUUUUCGUAAGCCAAAGGUGUUGGCCAUGAAUAAUUAUUUCUCAGUGGGUCCUGAUGCUCUCAUGGCGCUGAACUUCCAUGCACACAGAGAGAAAACACCCUCCUUUUUCUCCAGCCGAAUCAUCAAUAAGGCAGUGUACUUCCUCUAUGGUACCAAAGAUUGUUUAGUGCAAGAAUGUAAAGAUCUGGAUAAGAAGAUUGAGCUGGAGCUGGAUGGAGAGCAAGUGACUUUGCCCAAUCUGGAGGGGAUAAUAGUGUGUAAUAUCGGCUACUGGGGUGGUGGAUGUAGACUGUGGGAGGGAAUGGGAGAUGAGCCUUAUCCUCCAACACGUGUGGAUGAUGGCUUAUUGGAGGUGGUGGGGGUAUAUGGCUCAUUCCACUGUGCACAGAUCCAGGUGAAACUGGCCAAUCCUGUGAGGCUGGGACAGGCACAUACUGUACGGCUGGUAUUGAAGAGUUCUCGGAUGCCAAUGCAGGUGGAUGGAGAGCCGUGGGCGCAGGGUCCAUGCACCAUCACCAUUACCCAUAAGACCCAGGCUCUCAUGCUGUACCACAGUGCAGAACAAACAGAUGAUGACGACUCCAGCACCUCAGAGACUGAAGAACCCUCAGCCGAUCACAAUGACACCGCUAGCAACACACAGGAAACCGUGUCAGAGUCUUAGCAAGGAUAUAAUCGCUCUUUCUGUGCUAUUUCUACCCCAGAAAGUAGCACAGCAUGAACAGAAGAAACCCUGAUGUGAUAAGUGUAUGAUGUCAUAGUCGUAAACGUACAUAAUGUGCAUGUGCUACUCUAGUAAUAACAUCUGCAGUGGUUAUUCAUGAGUUUUAAAGCCUCUUUCUCUUUCAAGCAUUAGGCAGCCCCCUCUACUUAAACUGUUCACAAGAGGUCUGUCUCUGUUGAAAAAUCUUUUUGUUGUACAUUUUUACUCACAGGGAGUGUUACCCGGAAGUGGCUAAGGUUUUAGCCGUUAUUAGUCCAACAUGGAAUCAUAUUUAGCUGUAAGCAGAGCACAGGCAAUCGGAAAAUUUAGUCCAAUGGAGAAUGUUGCAACCAAAGCUGCUUAGACAUGAAUGUCUUUCACUGAUCGUGAGUGCCAUAGGCCUGUGAAUAUACAACUCGCUGCAGAAAGUCGAGUGUUUGAGUUGUAUAAGUUAAGCUGUGCAAUAAUUUUGCUUGGGUUCUUCUUUUUUGUUAUUUCUUUUGUGAAACAAAUUUGCACUGCUUUAAUCUAAAGUAGAUUGUGGAAGAAUGUGCCAUUGAUAUCUUAUUAUUUUAAGUAUUCCAUACGUGUUAUUGGGUUUGUUUAUGAAAUGACAGUACAAUGUUUCAAAGCACUGGAUUAAGAAACCAUUCUUUAUUUUCUUUUUUUCUUUUUUUGCAUAUGCUGAUUAUCAGAUGUUUUAUGUUUUAUUAAAUGUUCUCUCACUUUUCUGUAGAGA